UCUUGGCACAACUUAUAAACAACAGAAAUCUGAGUUGUGGGAAUAUAAUUUAUAAACAGAAAAAAAAAAUGUCUGUGAAUUGUGUUCUGAAGAUGAAAGUAAAUACAUAGGGACAUAUGGUAUUCCUUUAAAAGUUGCCAGAUCAUAAUUGUGUGGCAAGACAGUUAUCAGAAAUUAAUCCCUCUGUUGAGAGCAAUUGAAGACACUAUCCUAAUGUAGGACCUUUGGAGGAGCCAGCAUUAACAGAAGAAAACUCGUAUCAAAGGCUUGAGGUGGGGAUGAAUCCAAUCCAGCCUGAAAAAAAUCUGCACCAGGUUUGAAUAAUCACCCCAUCCUCCAGUGUAAGUGAUGCUAAGAAGCACAAACUGCCUUUUGAAUCGAAGUCCCUGUGUUUUCUGUGAAGAAGCUGUAAGUGGGGUGGGACAGAGAUGGCACCUGGGAGUUCUAAGGCAACUGCUCCUCUCUGAGACAGACAGGCAUCAGGAGCCAGACUGGGACCAGACCACCAGCAGCAACACAUCAGAGGAUGUUCUCUAAGGAAGACCAUGGCACUUAAGAACAUUAAGUACUUUCUUAUCUUCUACCUCAGUUUCUCACUGCUCAUCUACAUAAAAAAUUCCUUUUGCAAUAAAAACGACACCAGGUGCCUCUCAAAUUCUUGCCAAAACAAUUCUACAUGCAAGGGUUUUUCAAAAGACAAUGAUUGCUCUUGUUCAGACACAACCAAUAACUUGGACAAAGACUGUGACAACAUGAAAGACCCUUGCUUCUCCAAUCCCUGUCAAGGAAGUGCCACUUGUGUGAACAUCCCAGGAGAAAGGAGCUUUCUGUGCAAAUGUCCUCCUGGGUACAGUGGAACAAGCUGUGAAACUACCACUGGUUCCUGUGGCACGAACUCCUGCCAACAUGGAGGUAUUUGCCAUCAGGACCCUAUUUAUCCUGUCUGCAUCUGCCCUGCGGGAUAUGCUGGACGAUUCUGUGAGAUAGAUCAUGAUGAGUGUGCUUCCAGCCCUUGCCAAAAUGGGGCUGUGUGCCAGGAUGGAACUGAUGGCUACUCCUGCUUCUGUGUCCCAGGAUAUCAAGGCAGGCACUGUGACUUGGAAGUAAAUGAAUGUGCUUCUGAUCCCUGCAAGAAUGAGGCUACAUGCCUCAAUGAAAUAGGAAGAUAUACUUGUAUCUGUCCCCACGAUUAUUCUGGUGUAAACUGUGAAUUGGAAAUUGACGAAUGUUGGUCGCAACCUUGUUUAAAUGGUGCGAGUUGUCGGGAUGCUCUGGGGGCUUAUUUCUGCGACUGUGCCCCUGGAUUCCUCGGGGAUCACUGUGAACUCAACAUUGAUGAGUGCGCCAGUCAGCCGUGUCUCCAUGGAGGGCUGUGUGUGGAUGGGGAAAACAGAUAUAGCUGUAACUGCACGGGUAGUGGAUUCACAGGGACACACUGUGAUACUUCGAUGCCUCCUUGUUGGUCAAAACCUUGUCACAAUAAUGCUACAUGUGAGGACAGUGUUGACAAUUAUACUUGUCACUGCUGGCCUGGAUACACAGGUGUCCAGUGUGAGAUCGACAUCAACGAAUGCAGUAGUAACCCCUGCCAGUCUGAUGGGGAAUGUGUGGAGCUGUCCUCAGAGAAACAAUAUGGACACAUCGUUGGACUGCCUUCUUCUUUCAGCUAUCAUGAAGCCUCAGGUUAUGUUUGUGUCUGUCAGCCUGGAUUCACAGGAAUCCACUGUGAAGAAGACAUCAAUGAAUGUUCUUCAAAUCCUUGCCAAAAUGGUGGCACUUGUGAGAACUUGCCUGGGAAUUAUACUUGCCAUUGCCCAUUUGAUAACCUUUCUAGAACUUUUUAUGGAGGAAGAGACUGUACUGAUAUUCUCCUGGGCUGUACCCAUCAGCAAUGUCUAAAUAAUGGAAUAUGCAUCCCUCACUUCCAAGAUGGCCAGCAUGGAUUCAGCUGCCUGUGUCCGUCUGGCUACACCGGGUCCCUGUGUGAAAUUGCAACCACACUUUCAUUUGAGGGCGAUGGCUUCCUGUGGGUCACAAGUGACUCAGUGACAACCAAGGACUCAGUUUGUAACAUAGCCCUCAGGUUUCAGACCGUUCAGCCAAUGGCACUUCUACUUUUCCGAGGCAACAGGGAUGUGUUUGUGAAGCUGGAACUGCUAAGUGGCUACAUUCACUUAUCAAUUCAGGUCAAUAAUCAGCCAAAGGUGCUGCUGUACAUUUCCCACAACACCAGUGAUGGAGAGUGGCAUUUCGUGGAGGUAACAUUUGCAGAGGCUGUGACCCUUACCUUAAUCGGCGACUCCUGUAAGGAGAAAUGCAUCACUAAAGCUGCUUCUCCAUUUGAAAGUGAUCAAUCAAUAUGUGCUUUUCGGAACUCCUUUUUGGGUGGUUUACCGGUGGGAAGGACCAGCAGUGGUGCUGCUCUGCUUAACUUCUAUAAUAUACCAUCCACACCUUCGUUUGUAGGCUGUCUCCAAGACAUUAAAAUUGAUUGGAAUCACAUUACCCUGGAGAACAUCUCAUCUGGCUCAUCACUGAAUGUCAAGCCAGGCUGUGUACGAAAGGAUUGGUGUGAAAGCCAACCUUGUCAAAGCAGGGGACACUGCAUCAACUUGUGGUUGAGUUACCAGUGUGACUGCCACAGGCCCUACAAAGGCCCCAGCUGCCUGCGAGAGUACGUGGCAGGCAAAUUUGGCCAUGAUGACUCCACUGGAUAUGCUGUCUUUACUCUUGAUGAGAGCCAUGGAGACACCGUCAGCCUCUCCAUGUUUGUCCGAACGCUUCACCCAUCAGGCUUACUGCUGGCUUUGGAAAACAGCACUUACCAAUAUAUCCGCGUCUGGCUAGAGCACGGCAGAUUAGUAAUGCUGACUCCAAGCUCUCCAAAAUUAGUAGUAAAAUUUGUUCUUAAUGAUGGAAAUGUCCACUUGAUAACUUUGAAAAUCAAGUCAAAUAAAAUUGAACUGUAUAAAUCUUCACAAAACCUGGGAUUUAUUUCUGCUUCUACCUGGAAAAUUCAAAAGGGAGAUGUCAUGUACCUCGGUGGCCUACCUGACAGGCAAGAGACAGAACUUAAUGGUGGAUUCUUCAAAGGCUGUAUCCAAGAUGUAAGACUAAACAACCAAAAUCUGGAAUUCUUUCCAAAUUCAACAAACGAGGCAUCGCUCAACCCGGUUCUUGUCAACGUAACCCAAGGCUGUCCCGGAAACAACUUCUGCGAGUCCAACCCCUGUCACAAUGGAGGUGUUUGCCAUUCCCUGUGGGAUGACUUCUCCUGUUCCUGCCCUGCCAACACGAGUGGGAAAGCCUGUGAAGAAGCUCAGUGGUGUGGACUCAGCCCGUGCCCUCCCAGGGCCCAGUGCCAGCUGGUGCCUCAAGGAUUUGAAUGUAUUGCAAAUGCUGUUUUUAAUGGACAAAGCAGUCAAAUAUUAUUCAGAAGCAAUGGGAAUAUUACCAGAGAACUCACCAAUAUCACAUUUGGUUUCAGAACAAGGGAUACAAAUGUAAUAAUAUUGCAUGCAGAAAAAGAUCCUGAAUUUCUUAAUAUUAGCAUUCAAGAUUCCAGAUUAUUCUUUCAAUUGCAGAGUGGCAACAGCUUUUACACGCUGAGCCUGACAAGUGUGCGGUCAGUGAAUGACGACCUGUGGCACCGAGUGACUCUUUCCAUGGCAGACCCGCUGGCCCAGACCUCCAGGUGGCAAAUGGAAGUGGACAACCAAACACCUUUUGUGACUAGCACAAUUGCUACUGGAAGCCUCAACUUUUUGAAGGAUAAUACAGAUAUUUAUGUGGGUGACAGAGCUAUUGACAAUAUAAAAGGCCUGCAAGGGUGUCUAAGUACAAUAGAAAUCGGAGGGAUUUAUCUCUCUUACUUUGAAAAUGUUCGUGGGUUCACUAAGAAACCUCAGGAAGAGCAGUUUCUCAAAAUCUCUACCAAUUCAGUGGUCACUGGCUGUUUGCAGUUAAAUGCCUGCAACUCCAACCCCUGUUUGCAUGGAGGAAACUGUGAAGACAUCUACAGCUCUUAUCAUUGCUCCUGUCCCUUGGGAUGGUCAGGGAAACACUGUGAACUCAACAUUGAUGAAUGCUUUUCAAAUCCCUGUAUCCAUGGCAACUGUUCUGACAGAGUUGCAGCCUACCACUGCAGAUGUGAGCCUGGAUACACUGGUGUGAACUGUGAAGUGGCUAUAGACAAUUGCCGGAGUCACCAGUGUGCAAAUGGAGCCACCUGCAUUAGUGAUACUAAUGGCUAUUCUUGCCUCUGUUUGGGAAAUUUUACAGGAAAAUUUUGCAGACAGAGCAGAUUACCCUCAACAGUCUGUGGAAAUGAGAGGACAAAUCUCACUUGCUACAACGGAGGCAACUGCACAGAGUUCCAGGCUGAAUUAAAAUGUAUGUGCCGGCCAGGUUUUACUGGAGAAUGGUGCGAAAAGGACAUUGAUGAGUGUGCCUCUGAUCCGUGCGUCAAUGGAGGACUGUGCCAGGACUUACUCAACAAAUUCCAGUGCCUCUGUGAUGUUGCCUUUGCCGGCGAGCGCUGCGAGGUGGACUUGGCAGAUGGCUUGGUCUCGGAUGUUUUCAGCGCCCUUGGCUCAGUGACCCUCGCCUUGUUACUGAUCCUCUUGCUGGUUGUCGUUGCUUCUGUUGUCACCUCCAACAAAAGGGCAACUCAGGGAGCCUACAGCCCCAGCCGUCAGGAGAAGGAGGGCUCUCGAGUAGAAAUGUGGAACUUGAUGCCGCCCCCUGCGAUGGAGAGACUGAUUUAGGAGCAUCGUGUCCCUUCGGGAUCGGGAUCCACACACUGUGAAUGUGACGACUGUUCUUCAGGGGUCUCUGACAUGCCUGACGAUGUGAAUCUGCGACUGGGAUUACACUGCAACUACAGGAAUGAUUCCUUUGACUACCUUAAAGGCUUUCACGUGGUUCCAUGGACACCAUUGUUUUAUUGUUAUAUCAGCCAAUCACAAAAUAAGUCUGUGCCAGUGAUUUCAGCCUUAUAAUUAGCAAAACGUCUUCCAGAGAGUAAAGUCUUUUGAGCAGAGCUCCAGUGCAUAUCACUUAAACUCUUUCCUCUUUUCAACCUGGGACAACGUUUAGUCUGCACUUUAGGUUUCUGCACUUUCUGUAGUUUCUAUGUAAACUGCCAUACGUUUACACAGAAACCAUAGGAAAGAAAUUGGCUAUAUUUCUCACUUCUCCUAUCAUGUGGUCCAAGGUUAUUGUUGUGUACCAGUGAUGGGUCGUAUACUUUUGUCCUUCACUCAUGGAUGCAGAGAAAGCCAUGGGAGUGACCUGUGGUUCAAAAAAGUGACCCAAUGGCAACAAAUAAAAAUUGAAAUGUGGUUGUUCUCCUUUCUGA